UGACGUUGGAGAUCCUGAAGAAGAAGAUGGUGGAAAAAAAGCUUUACAAGACGAAGCUAUGUGUGCUGUACCAAAGAGGCCGCUGCUCUCGACAGCACUGCAACUUUGCUCAUGGCGAGGCCGAGCUUCGCCGUUCUUUCAAUGAAUGGAUUAUGCUGUCUGGUUUAUCUUUAUGCUGCUUUUGGUGUUCUUUUCUCAGCUUCUUGGUUUAUCUAAUCCAUCUUGAAACUGCUCUGUUAUAAGAAGGAUCAGAAAUAGGUUUUCAUGGUAUUUCUGCAGUUUGUAGAGAACCUGGUAUUUUCUUCAUCUGAUGUCCCUAUGAAUGACAAUGCAAAGGGCCAUCAAAAUGUAUUAUUGCUCUUUACUCUGCAGUGUCAUAUUCUUCGACAAUGUGGUACAUUCUUCAUUCAAUUUCUUCCUGAAAGGUAUUGAAGGGGCUCCCUUGGUUUUCUUGGCUGGGAAUCUAGACUAAUGAUGCCAAUAUAUUGCACGUGGAAGGACAUAGUUAUUAAUUUCAUAUGGACAUUCGAAGAAUUCUGCACCUUUCCUUUAUGUUCCUAUCUCACAAGGACAGGAUUUCUAUUCUUUGAGUUGCUUCCAUGAUUCUAGAAAGGGCAUGAAAUAUCUUUAUAUCCUUAUAUGAAGAGCCAAGUUCUAUUGGCUCAUAUUGGAUUCAGCGAGAAGGCACUAAAACUGUUCAUAAUUAUGUUACUGAUAUGUACCCUGUAAUGGAAGGCAGGACCAUAGAGGAGGUAGAGACUUGAGAGAAAGGUUAGACCGGAUGCGAUCUCCAUUGCGGGACUCACCUGGAAGACGAGAUGGGAAAUCAAGGCAUUCUUCUCAAGGAGACAGUCCUCGCUCUCUUGGUAAAAGAAUUGAAAGAAGUCACAAGAGAAGAAAGCCCAUGGAUGAUUAUUCUGGCAGGAUGUCAGAUGAAAUGGAUGAUCAAAUCAGAGAUAGACGACAGACUUCGUCAGAGACCAAAAUCCGCAUUGAUGUGCAGUUAAAGGAGAUGCACGCAGAAAUUAAAACAUUAGAGAGUCACAGAAGACAAUUGGAGAUGUACCUGGAGGAUAAAAUAAAGGAAGCGAAUACUUUAACUUUGAGAAUUCAUGAGCUUGAGAUGCAGCUUUCUAAAGAGAAAGAGGAGGGCAAAAGGUUUGCGACAAAAAUUAAGAAGUUCACAAAAGCACAUAACCGUCACAUGCGGUUACAAGAUGAAUUAAAGAGGUCUCAUGCUCAGCUUCAGAAGUUGGGUGAGCAGUUGGGUUUAGAUGCUGCUGGAGCUGGUUCUGUAAUGAUAGGCAAUGACGAUGACUCAAAAAUCAAUACUGCUAGUGAUGAUAUAACAGGCACUUAUGCUGUGAGCCCUUUGACUGAGGGCCAGAUUUCUUCUCCUCGGAGGAAAGGAGCACGAGCUUUGGAUGGCUAUGAUGCCUCUAAUCAAGUUGGGGGAUGGACAGAGGGUGUGAAAAUUAGACUGGACAAAGUCUCUCGACAAUCUGGCAAUCAUGAUCAGUUGAGCAGUGGCAAGAAAGCUGAAGUUGAUGGUGAUGCAUAUAAUAGACACCAGUCCACUUAUGAAGACAAGUCUGACCGAGGGUUAAACAUGCCUACUGAUAUUGCCUCUGCUGACAAGUACAAAGUAUCUGAGGCAGGACCUGCUCUGCCCUCAACAGGUAUAGCUGCUCAUGCAAUGGAUGAGGAAAUCGAAGUUGUUGAAGUGGAUGAAAAGAUUCAGGCAGUUAAUGCUGCUGCUUUGACUGGAGUUGAAGCAGAAGAUUCUUUGAAAGAGCAACUUUCGCUCUUUCCCCCACCCCCGCUUCCUCCUAUCCCCCAGAAUGCUUAUGCACAGUACAAAGCUGAUGACGAGACUGUGGACAUUGAUGGAGUUGAUGAAGAAGCUGUGGAAGUGGAUAUUGUGUGAUAAAUGAUGUCUACUAUCCGCUCAGAUUGUUGAUAGAGCAAGUUUUGUAACUGACCUCUAUAGAACAAACUAUAGGGGAUUCUGCCUUUUUUUGUUUUAUAUAUAUGACAGUCAGAGAGAGACCAUUAGACUUUUGCAGGAACUUGGGAAUACAUGCAUACAUGUCAUGUCAAGGUUUUAUUUUCUCUCCUCUCCUCACCUCACCUCAUCGUUAUCGUGGAGAUUCUCAUUUGGUAAUGACAGCUUUCAUGUUC